AUGGCGAAAGAGAAGAAACGCAAAAGAGAGUCCGGGUCCAGCAAGUCCACCACCACCAACACAAAUGGAGGCCCCUCGUCUCGUCCGGACUAUGAAGAAGCCGACGUGGACACAUCCAAGCCCACAGCAGUCUUCCAACCCACCGGCGGACGCUCCUUCACUCUAAGCGUCGCCUUGCCGGGCAGCAUCAUCGCCAACGCCAAAUCGCACGAGCAAAAGACCUACUUAGCAGGCCAAAUCGCCCGGGCUCUGGCCGUAUUCUGUGUGGACGAAAUCGUCAUCUUCGACGACGAAUCCCCCGACGUCCAGCGUCGACGACCCGCCAUCGCAGAACACGACUACACUGCCUUUUCACAUCCCGACCAUUUUCUCGCCCACUUGUUGUCCUACCUAGAAACUCCACCUCACUUGCGCAAAACUCUGUUUCCUAUGCAUCCCAACCUCCGGACUGCCGGGACACUACCCAGUCUCGACAUGCCGCAUCACUUGCGCGCCAAUGAAUGGUGCGAGUAUCGUGAAGGCGUGUCUCUUGGCCCUACUUCUUCUCCCCGGGGCACAUCGACAGCGACUCUCGUGGACGUAGGUCUAUCUGAGCCACGAGAGAUUCCGGAUUCCGACAUUCCUCGCGGGACCCGAGUGACUGUUGAAUUGGAAGAGCCUCCUUCAAAGCUCGCCACGGCCGUUUCACCAGACACGCCCAGGGAAGCAAAGGGGUAUUACUGGGGCUAUGCUGUUCGACAAUGCAGCAGUCUUUCCAACGUUUUUACAGAAUGUCCCUUUGAUGGCGGCUACGACAUUUCAAUAGGGACUUCGGAAAGGGGGGUUCCGUUGUCCGAAGUAUUUGCCAGACCGGAGUUUGCGGACGCGGACAGCAAGCCACUUCCGUUCCAACAUGUCUUGAUCGUCUUUGGCGGUGUCGCGGGCCUAGAGACUGCUGCGAAAAAUGACCCGCAGUUGCAGGAGAUGGGUAUCACUCCAAAAAAUGUGAAGGAUUUGUUCGAUUAUUGGGUCAAUGUCUUGCCUGGACAGGGCAGUCGUACCAUCAGGACCGAGGAAGCUGUUUGGCUGGGGUUGAUGGGCUUGAGAGGGGGUUUAAUGGAAAAGCUGGGGAAGAAAAGCUGA